AUGAAAAAUGAUUAUGUUGUUUAUCAUAUGCAAUUAAUCGAUGAUAAGACCAACUGCUAUUGUUUUAGUGAUUGUUUAGUAAGAAUUCACAGAUGGAGUCAACAGAAUCCAAAACACUAUCCGAUAUUUCUAUUUAUUGAAAUCAAACAAAGAUUCCGUGAAGAUUUUUUAACAGCACUUUAUGGUGGCGUUCGAUGCCAACAUUUCGAAUCAAUGAAAGAACAAAUUCUCCAAGUCUUUCCUAUUGAUUCAUUCAUACUACCAGAAUUAAUUCGUGGUCAGCAGAUAUCGAUUAAUUUAGCUUUGAAGAAACAGAGACAAGAUGAAUUAAGUGGCAAUUAUUCAUAUGGAAAUUACGGUUGGCCUCCACUAUCCCUGUCUUUAGGGAAAAUUUUAGUGAGUUUCAUUGAUGACGAACACAAUAUUGUCGUUGAUUUAAUUUCUACAUGUGAAUCACUUUCAAAUUUUUUCUUUAUUGCUCAAACGAAUAUCAAUCUUCCCUAUGCAUCGAUUAUCAAUAUUCGAAAUCCAUUGGUAAAUGAACAAUUAAUUAUUGAAAGUCACACAAACGGUCAAAUAAGUCGUGUUUUACUUGGUUAUGGUGACCAACAACUGUUUGAGAGAUAUCAACAAGCUCGCAAAUAUGGUAUUCACAUCAUUAGUACGGAUUUUGUACAAUGCGAUGAUACAGAAUUAUGUCAAAGCGUGAAAAAUGAUUUUCAAAGUACUUCACCGAUAUUGUGUAACACAGUUCUGGUUCCCAGUUUUUGUAAUACAACAGUACUAUCUCUUUGA